GUUUCACUUUUCAAGAUGGCCGCCGCAUCAGCCCGGGGUGUCUCCGCGCUCCGUAGCUGCUGCCUCCUGGGACACCCGGUUUGAACCUUUCUCCCUUGGCACCAUUGUACAACUGUAUCCAGCAGAUACAAGCGAAUAUCAGCUGCAUACCAUCUUCUUUUCUUGUCUGUGUACCAGUGCCCUUGGACUUUGGUGAGGCUGGUGUGACUGUGGGCUAGCAUAUGCUAUGUUGAGCACGCUUCUGGUCAGUGCCAGCCUCCUUUCCUCCUUCCAGGACCAGGGCUAAACCUCUAUGGAUAUACAGUCAUCAUGGUGAAGUUGGCAAAUCCUCUGUACACGCAAUGGAUUCUGGAGGCAAUCAGAAAGGUGAAGAAGCAGAAACAGCGUCCAUCAGAGGAGCGGCUUUGCAAUGCCGUGUCCACCUCCCAUGGUCUAGACCGCCACACAGUCUUGGAGCAGCUGGAGCUGAGUGUCAAGGAUGGGACCGUCCUUAAGGUCACUAAUAAGGGUCAAAACUCUUACAAAGAUCCUGAUAAUCCAGGCCGUUUAGCCCUACCCAAAACUACUAGGAAUCCAGGGCGGCCAGAGGGCAUAGACUGGCACAGACUCUUAAGGCGGGCACUGGAAGGAUUAUCCGAACCAGGGGGUUCCUCCCUGAAGAGUAUUGAGCGUUUCUUGCGGAAUCAGCGGGAUGUAGUUGCAGUGUAUGGUGGCAACACAGGGGCAGCAUCAGCAUUCCAUCAGCAGCUGCGCCUUGCUGUUAAAAGGGCAUUGGGCCAUGGUAGAAUUAUGAAGGAAGGUUCACUCUAUAAGUUGAAUGCGAAGGUGACAGAAGGCAGGCAUGGGUAUGAGUCUCUGGCCUCAUUGCCACCUGUGUGUCUGCUGCCCCAUGAAAAGGACAAGCCUGUAGCUGAUCCCAUACCCAUAUGCAGCUUCUGUUUGGGAACGAAGGAGCAUAACAGAGAGAAGAAACCAGAAGAGCUGAUAUCAUGUGCAGACUGUGGAAACAGUGGUCACCCAUCCUGUCUCAAGUUCUCCCCAGAGCUAACGGUUCGAGUGAAAGCCCUCCGCUGGCAAUGCAUCGAGUGCAAGACCUGCAGCUCAUGCCGUGACCAGGGCAAAAAUGCUGACAAUAUGCUGUUCUGUGAUUCAUGCGACCGCGGGUUUCACAUGGAAUGCUGUGAGCCUCCUCUUACCAGAAUGCCGAAAGGCAUGUGGAUAUGUCAGAUCUGUCGACCUCGGAAAAAAGGUCGAAAGCUACUUCAUAAGAAAGCCGCACAGAUUCGGAGACGUUACACUAACCCCAUUGGGCGUCCCAAGAAUCGCUUAAAGAAGCAGAGUGCAACGACUAAAGGCCCAUUUGGGAAAGGUCGGGGUAAUCCAGGUCGAGGGAGAAGACGUAAGCUCUCAUCUUGCACAUCAUCAUCAUCAUCAUCAUCAGAAGAAGAUGGCAGGAGCACUGACCCUUCUGCUGGCUCUGGUACAACAGUUCCUUUUAACAAAAAAACUAAGGGUCUUAUUGAUGGCUUGACAAAGUUCUUCACUCCCUCACCUGAUGGACGCAAGACACGAGCGGAGGGACUUGAUUACUCCCUACAGCGGUCCCGCAAGAGAGGACCACGGAAGUCUGGACAGUCAGACUGGGACAAUAACGACGGUUGGGACAGCAAGCUGGAUAGUGAGGAUCGAAUUGGUGUGGUGUCAGAGAAAGAAAUUGAGCUCUUCCAAGAUAUCCAGGAGCAGGCACUGCAGAAAGUUGGGGUUAAUGGCCCUCCUGACCCACAGGUACGCUGCCCUUCAGUCAUAGAGUUUGGGAAGUAUGAGAUACAGACGUGGUACUCGUCUCCAUAUCCACAGGAGUACACAAGGCUUCCUAAAUUGUACCUGUGUGAAUUCUGUCUCCGUUACAUGAAAAGUCGUGCUAUGUUACAGCAACAUACAAAAAAAUGCAGCUGGUACCACCCACCUGCCAAUGAAAUUUACCGCAAGGACAACCUUUCAGUUUUUGAGGUGGAUGGAAAGGUGAGCACUAUUUACUGCCAAAAUCUUUGCCUUCUGGCUAAGCUCUUCCUUGACCACAAAACUCUCUAUUACGACGUGGAACCUUUCCUCUUCUAUGUUCUGACACAAAAUGACCAGAAAGGCUGUCACCUGGUUGGAUAUUUCUCCAAGGAAAAGCACUGUCAGCAGAAAUACAACGUGUCCUGCAUAAUGAUCCUCCCCCAGUACCAGAGGAAGGGAUAUGGCCGCUUUCUCAUAGAUUUUAGUUACCUCCUGUCUAAGCAUGAGGGACAGGCUGGGUCUCCAGAAAAGCCACUCUCUGAUCUGGGCCGUCUCUCUUACAUGGCAUAUUGGAAGAGUGUGUUACUUGAGUGUCUGCACCAAAAUCAGGAGCGGCAACUGAGUAUUAAAAGACUUACCAAGCUAACUGGUAUUUGCCCUCAGGAUAUUGCAGCCACCUUGCAACAGCUGCAUAUGCUAGAGAUACGAGGAGACCGCAUUGUGUUGGUGCGCCGAGAACAGCUAAUCCAGGCUCACAUGAACCGCCUGCAUGCCCGACCAAGGGAGGUGGACGUUGAUCCUGAAGCUUUAAGGUGGACACCAGUAAUUGUCACAAAUUCUGUAGUAUCAGAUGAUGAUGAUGAAUCAGAGGAUGAAGAGGAUGAAGAACAAAGGCACCAAUUGAAAGACAGCAGUAUGCUGAGAAGUAUGGAUUUUAAGGAGCGAGACAAAUGUCCCAUCUUGGAGAAAGAGAAAAGCCCGCCUCCUAUUCCAAAUCGUUCCUCAUCACCACCAUCUCGAUAUCCACACCCUCAGUUUCAAGACCUGUUCCGGGAUAGCUUGCCAGCCAACAGCCAACCUCCAGGGAGAGGGCGGCGAGGAAGGCGUGCUCGACGGGCCAGAGGUCUUCGUGCUUCUUCCAACCGAGCAGCUGACAUUCUGAGGUUGUUGGCUAGGGAACCUCCAGGUCCUCCUGGGCGUAAUGGAGAACGGGGCCGUUCUGGAUCAAGGAGGGGAAGGCUGAAGAGGAUUGGAGCCCCUAUUUUACGAAGAGAUUUCUUGGAACACCAGGAGAGGCUUUCACAACAUUAUAAAAGUGAUCAUCAACAGCUGAGAAGAUUCAGCGAGAGCAGUGAGGAGGAAGAUGAUGAUGAUGAUGACGACGAAGAGACCCACAGUCGUCGAUCAGAAUCACCACCUAUUCUGACUAAGCCUACACUCAAACGCAAGAAGCCAGGAGUUUAUAGAAAGCGUCGUGUGCGGCGACGCAAGCACCACCAUAACAGUAGUGUAGUGACUGAGACCAUAUCGGAAACCACCCAAGUUCUAGAUGAACCUUUUGAUGACUCUGACUCUGAGCGGCCAAUGCCAAGAUUGGAGCCUGAAGAGGAGGGCAAUGGUCGUGGUGCCUCCUUUCCCCCUGGCUAUUUCCCCUACCUCACCAAACAUACUUUACUUAGACGUAAUCGCCCAUUAAGCAAGAGGAGAAUGUGUACAGAGCCAUCCCAAGGAUCAACAAUACAGCCUCCUGCCUCAACUAUACGUUCCACAGAAGAGAAUGUAUCCACACCUGAUGCCUGCACCCCUGCCCCUGUAAAGAAGAAAGGCUGGCCGAAGGGUAAGAGCCGGAAACCAAUCCACUGGAAGAAGCGUCCUGGGCGGAAACCUGGUUUCAAACUUAACCGUGAGCCUCCACCAGCUGCACCUAUCCAGCCUCCACCUCCCAGGCCCAUCCGGAAAUCAAGGACAAGGGAAGAAGAGGAGCCUCCUAGAGAAGAGCCACUUGAGACAAAAGAGCAGCAAGAAGAAGAGGUGGCUCCAGUUGUGGUGGUGAAAACUAGAGAUGAGGAAGAUAAUAUCACUGAUGCUCUGCAACCAUUAUCCCCUUCUGAAAGCAGCAGUAGCAGUAGCUGUGAUGGCUCAUCCAGGGAAACUGAACAAAAUCCCCCAUCCCCAGAACGACUACCAGAAACUGUAGAUGAGCCACAACUCGUGGUGGAAGAGAUUGAGCAAGAAGAAGAGGAGGAGGAGGAGGAAAGAGUUGAAGAAAACAAGGAGGUUACUGUGACUUUUGUGCCCAACCAGCAGGAAGACCAUGAUGCAGAUGAUGAAGAUGAUGGUGCAAAAGAGAUUGAAGAAGUUGAGGAGUUAGAGCAAGAACCUGCCCUUGAAGAUCCUGUUCAGCAGGAGCCAUCUGUAGUAAGUGGAAGUGAAGAGGAGGAAAAAGGAGAGAUUGUGCAUGAGGCCACAACAGAAGUGCCUGAUCCGCCUUGUUUGGAGGUGGAAGAGGAGGAGGAAGAGAGUCCACAGAAGGUAGAUGAAGAGCAGAAAGAUGAUGAAGAAGGGGAAGAGGAAAUUCCACAUACAGAGCUUGACUUGGAGACUGUGCAAGCUGUUCAGUCACUAACACAGGAAGAGGGCAGUGAACGUGAUGAUGGCGCAUAUGGAGACUGUGAAGAUGAGACUCUAACAGCCUGUCAGACUUUGCAGAGUUUUACACAGGCAGAAGAGGACCCUCAGCUAGGCUUGUCCGAGGAGUGCCACCCCUCUGCCCAUGACAGCCCAAUUUCUUCUGUUCAUUCUCAUCCCAGCCAGUCAGUUCGAUCAGCCAGCAGUCCGAGCAUUCCACCAGCUUUGGAAAAUAAUGGAAAUAGUGGCUACCCACAAAUUAGCCCUGAUGCAGGUUCCCUUUCUGCUCCUUCUAUGCAGAACCUCGAGACGACUAGUCCCAUGAUGGAUGUACCCUCUGUUUCGGAUCAUUCACAACAGGUUGUGGAUAGUGGUUUCAGUGACUUGGGCAGCAUUGAGAGCACGACAGAAAACUAUGAGAACCCCAGCAGUUAUGACUCGAGCAUGGGAGGUGGUAGCAUCUCCUCACAGAGCAGUUGUUCUUAUGCCAGUGGUGGAAAUAACAGUGGAGCUGGGGGAUUGCCCUCUUCAGCUAGUAUGGCACAGAAUGGCUGUGCAGUGAGCCAGCAAAUGGCUGGCAUGGCAAGCAUGAUGCAGACAACACAAGCGUGUGGGAUUAAGUCACCUCAGAGCUGUGCCUCAGAGCGACCUCCUAGUAGCAACAAUCAGCAGCCCCCACCUCCUCCUCCUCCUCCACCCCCAUUGCCACCACAGCAGCCCCAACCACCCCCACAGCAACAGACCCCUAUGUCCCAGUGCAGCAUGAACAACAGCUUUGGCCCCUCACAGAUGAUAAUGGAGAUACCAGACCAGAAUAAUGGCAGCAAUCUCAGCAUUUACCCGGGGGAUUUUGGGGGUGGGAGUUACUCCCAGCCUUCAGCUACCUUCAGCUUAGCCAAGUUGCAGCAACUUACCAACACUAUCAUGGACCCUCAUGCUAUGCCUUACAGCCAUGCUCAGGCUGUCACCUCCUAUGCAAAUAGCGUGUCCCUUUCCAAUUCAGGCCUUUCCCAGCUCACCUCUUCCCACCCCCUGGCGGGACCACCCCAAGCACAAGCCACCAUGACUAGUCCUUCAAUGAACCUCCUUCAGUGCAACAUGUCAGCUGGCAACCUGGGCAUCCCCCACAGCCAGCGUAUUCAGAGCCAGAUGCCUGUCAAAGGGCACAUAUCCAUUCGCUCCAAAUCUGCACCACUUCCUGCUGCCCCAUCUCCUCACCAGCAGCAGCUGUAUGGGCGCAGCACACCAGGCAUGCAGCCAGCCGCCCGGGCACUUACCGUCCAGCGGAGCAUGAACAUGGGUGUCAACCUUAUGUCCACUUCACCGUACAAUGUCAACACCAUGAACCCACUCAAUGCCAUGGGCGGGUACCGCAUGUCCCAGCCUAUGGUCAACAGUUCUUAUCACAGCAACGCAGCCUAUAUGAACCAGACAACACAGUAUCCCAUGCAGGUUGGCAUGGGCAUGAUGGGUGCCCAGGCCUAUACCCAACAACCUAUGCAGCCGAAUCCCCAUGGAAAUAUGAUGUACACACCACCCCCACACCAUUCCUAUAUGAAUUCCCCUCCUGUCCCCAAACAAACUCUUAACUCCCCUUACAUGCGAAGAUGAGAGGGGGGGCACCGGUGCCACCCCAGAAAGUACCCACCUGACCUUCAAAGUUCUCUUGCAGACUAUAAAUAUGGCCUUUUAUACUGACAGGACUUUUAUUCCCUAUCCCUUAUAUCCCGUUGCUGUAGAUUUAAUAUUCUAUGUUUUUUAUUGUUAUUUUAU